CCUCAGAAGACGAACGAAGAAGAAGAAGGCGGUAGCGUCAAAAUCCCGAAAAUUUUCCCUUCAAGCUCAAAUUCGAUCAAAUUUUUGACUAGACAGAUUAUUGAUUAAACAAGCAAGAAUCCACUUUAAUAAAACACUCUAAUACAAGUGUUCUAGCUACCAUGGCUGAUUGGGAUGAAUGGAUAUGGAAAUAUGAAAACGACUGUGUUGGAGAUACAUCUGCAGGUUCGGAGAAUUACACCAGACAACCUGAAUCUUCUACAUCUCGAAUCGAGAAAUUAAAAGAGGGGGUACGAGAUAUCAUCAUUGGAGAUACAUCUGCAGGUUCCAAGAAUUCCACCAAACAAUCUAUAUCUCCUACAUCUGAAAUCCAGAAACAACCGACAGAUGAAUGGGUAGAUGAAUGGAUAAAACAAUAUGAUAACCUCAGUCGUCUAGGAAUAUGUGCAGGUUCCACCAGGAAAUCUGUAUGUCCAACAUCUCAAAUCCAGAAACAAUCAAUUAAUUUAAAGGUAUCACUUCAGAUGUUUCUCCAAGAAGCAACAAGUUUUGCAGAUCAGUGGACGGAUGUCAACACAAUGUAUGAUGACAGGAGGUCAUUCCCUAGGUUUCUAAGCGAAUUACAAAUGCUUGGGAUGGAUUGGCACAAGUAUAUGUCUGAGGACAGUGAUACCAAUGUUAGUAACCAACCAAAUAGAUGGUCGUCUCUUCAGGCGCCGUCGGAUGAUGUGGUGCACUUACGUUCAAAGUUAACUUCAGAUCCAAACUGGGUUAUGGCAGAUAUAUGCUACCGCAGAAGCUUGUCAUUGAUGCAACUUUUGCAUAGAAUUCAUCAUUCAGAAUCCGUCAACGAUUUCAGCCGAGAGCAGGCUGAAUUGCUGGGGUCUUUCCUAGACCACCUCCUCAUGUUACAACAGGAGCAGCGGGUUGUUGCAUAUAGUUUCUCUAAGCAUCUGGAUCAGUUGAGAAAGGGUGAUUCGGCUGCCUCACUUGCAUUUUCUUCCAAUGCCGUUGAUGAUGAUGGAGAUAUGAUCAAGUGUCCUUUAAUCCUUUCCCAGCACACCAUGGACUCCCGUGUAUGGCGAAAAAAGCACCAAUUUGCUAGUCUAUAUGUCAUUUUACGUGAAUCAACUUGGUUGCUGAAGAAAAUCAAGGGUUCCCGUUUUAGUAGUCCCUCAUUUGUUGAGGAGUCCCACAAAAUUCUCGAAAAGAUCGUGGGUUUUACUUCAGAAUAUAAGAAAUCCAAGGAAAAUAAAGAAAUUUUAUAUCAUUUUGUAAAGGAUAUAAAAGGUCUCCAAGAGGAAGGUGUUGGCAAAGGGUUUGUUAUACAGAAGCUACUUGAUUGUCUUGUUGAUGUAAGUGACAUUUCGAUGGAAACGGACAGUUCGUCUUCCAUUGCUGAAGCAUUUAUGAAGGCUGUGGAUGAAACUGCAAAGCUGAUACAAGAAGCAAGAAACAAAUUAAGUUCAGAUAGGUUUGCUACUCUUAAUGGAGGCUCGCCUCUUGGAAAUAUUACUUUAUGGAGAAUUUUAUUUGAAUCAUCACUACUUGAUCUUCGGUUGGAUCUGAUAAAUAAAAAGCAUGGUGAAGCAAUCAAACUCGGGGUUAAAUUGAGGGAACACAAAUAUGAUUAUCACGUACAGACAUGUUUGAACGGGCUUGAUGCAAAGAUUAGUUUGUUAUUAUCAGAUGGGGAUAGAGUUCUGCGUGAAUUUGUAGCAAUGCACAGAGCAGUAUAUGGCAGAAAUUACUUACAUGCUAGGCGAUGCUUUUACAACUGGUGGUGCUGGUAUGAAAGAAGUGGGGGCUUCUGAGGAGAGUUCAAGCAAGGAUGACGAAGCAGAAAUGAAGAUUGAUUUUGAUCUUGAUUUCCCUUGGGAUAAACACAAUGUCCCUGAUGAAGUUGAUAUUGACUGGGAGAAUCCUAAUAGUUUGGUGACUUAUAUGUGCUGCGACUACUAUGGUCCAGAAGACGACGCCGACUUUGACUUUAUAUAGAACCUGUAUUAUGUUUUUACUGAUAGAAAAAAGAAAAAAAAAGUGAUAACCUGUAUUAUGUUUUUCCUACCAUCUCCGAUCCAGAAUGUCUACUGUUGAAGAACACAAAUCUCGCCCCCUUAAUAUCCUUUUUUUGUUUAUUUGCCCAAAAAAUUAGUUUCAUACUCACGCCUUCUUCAUUGCCGUUGUUAGACCUAGAUUCUUCUUCCUUGGUUUGUCCUCCAUCUCCGAUCCAGAAUGUCUAUGAUUGAACAUACUGCAGAUGAGUUAAUGCUUUUUUCUUACUUAAAUUAGUGGUUUCUCUCAGAAAUCGAUUUUUUCUUUUUUGGGUUUCCAUGAAUUGGGUUUUUUUUUUUAAAUCAAAUCAGAUUGAUUCGUUUGCUAUUCUGUACAUUAAAAAGCAGCAGAGCUUUCCAUCAUUUCAAUGGCCUUAUGCUAUUUCAUCGGAAUAUCUCCAUGAUUUCACAUUUGAAUAAUUUUGUUUGCUUUGUAGGUAUUUGGUGAUGUAAUACUGUGUGGCACUUUAAUAUUAGGGUCCAAGUUAUUUGAGACAGUAUGCCUGUCUUGUGAAAGUAGGAUAAGUGCUAAAGACCAAGUGACUAAGAAAGUCGCAAUUGUAACAGAGCCUAUGAAAGGUGCCGCUGGUGAUGAUGGGUGGAGACAAGAAAUACGUUACAGAAAGUAUUUUAUCACGGAUGACUAUGUUGUUGUGCAAGCUGGUCCAUUUGCCGAGGCGUAUGAAAUUAUGGCUUCUUUGGAGAAGGAAGUGAAAGAUAGAAAAGCAGCUAAGAAGGUGGUGAGAUUAUGUCUGAUCAUUUGCAUGAUAAGAUGGAUGACCUCUGUGCUAAAAAAGGUUGUGCUUAUAUGGAUUCGAUGCGUAUUUUAAUGGUAGUUCUGGAUGAAGAUAAGAAACUAGUAAUGAAGCUGUUCGGUUUUCGUCGUAAUAACCCGAUAAGUGCGAAAGGGGAUAUUGCUGAAUGUUGGGGUGAUGGGUCUACUGAUACCGGUAGAGAUAAAGCCAGAGAAAUAGUGAAAAAAGCAUAUGACCCUGCCAAAUUGCCUGCAAAUGUCUUUUCAGCACAUCAUGAAGCAAUGGAGACCGUUGCGAAGCAAGAUCAGAGUGUUGGUGGGUACCAUAGAAUGAUCACCGUGUGGGAGAACCAAGGGGUCUUGAAGACAGAAACUAAAUGUCAGAUUGUUGCUCCAGGAUUGUAUCGUGUAAGAAGAGUCACUAAGAAGACUUAAGUGUGAUUCUAAAAGAGGGAUACAUAUAAUAUGUAUGGUGGUGGAAAGUUUACUCGUAUAAGUAGGUCUUACAUCUGUAGAACUUGAAAUUUUGCUCGAGAUGGUUUAUCUUCUUUCUUAAGAUGGUUUAUCUUUUUUCUGCCUUGAUUUUCAAUUCACUAUCUUUUCUGUUUGGCUAAUCAAUACACUGAUUUGUUCUGUAUUGAUGGAUUGGUUUCAGUAAUUUAGAUAAUGGGCUCUUUAAAUUCAAUCAGUAACUUAGAUAAAUAGGGUUUCA